AUGACAAUAGUUCUAUCGGACGAAGAUGAUGACGUUCCUCUCGACGCUCUUGUCCAACAAACUGAUCCCCAGGAGGAAUCAUCCGAAAACAAGAACAACAACGCGAAUUCUAAUUCGCUAAAUGAAGCAGAAGUGAUCCCUACCGUUGAGCUGAGCUCGGAAGACGAUACCUCAUCCAGCUCUAGUUCCAGAGAGUCACGAGCAGAAGAUCUACUCAAAGAAAUCAACGCGGAGGACAAACGAAAAAACGAAGAAAAGCGAAUUAUUCGCGAAGAAGCAUCCUGUCCACUGCCGCCUGAUGGGGUGAAAACACCUCCACCGUUUCCGACCACCGGUGUGUCGACUAAAUAUGAUAGAAGAGGCUCAUUUGUCCUCCGAAAAGAAACAAUCGAUGACGACCAGUCCAAAUCGGACAUGGAUUGCGACUCAGAAGACGACCAGCCAGAAAAGCCAAUCGAAGUCAACGUCAAAAUCCCGAUCGCGAUGCAGCCGAGGACACUGAGAAGACCAACGCCUACUGGAAUGAUUGGCCCGAAAAGAGUUCCUAUUGGAAAGUUUACAACUGUCAAAUCCAGUUCUGUUGGACCAAGAAAAAGCUCGCCGGAAGAGAGCGCUAGAAGCAUGAAGAAGGGGAAAAUCAAAAUGAAUACAGAACCAAUAGAAAUCGAGGAUGAUGGAUUUGCGUUGGAAAAAUUUGACGAUGAGGAUUCUCAAAAAGCGCUGGACGAAAUCAUGAAAGACGUGAAUAAGUACAAAUUGGACACCAAGCUCAGUUCUGAAGCUACUUAUUGGAUGACUUUGGUUGAAGAAGGCGUCUGCAAAUGGAGCAACACGGAAGUUAUCGAUGAAUUCAUUGACAAGCUGCAAGUACCCGUGGUUGAAAACGAAGAAGAGUUGAACAACACCGCGAUCGCUGAAAUUAUGGGAGAGAUCCAGAAAAAGUCCGUCAACGAGCAAGUCGCUGGAGUCGGAGCUUGGAAAAAGCGAGCUAAAAUCGACAAUAUGUUUGUUGCGAGAACUCUCAAGAACCAAAUUUUGACGGGAUUGAAGUUCGAUCAGCAGAAGAAACAGGUUGACAGGCGAUUGAACGCUGAUAGAGUUGCGGAAGAAAAGCAAAAGGAACAGCGUAUCAAGAAAAAUCGACGAGAAAGAGACAGUGGACGAGAUGAAGUUGUCUGCACCGGCCAAGAUUUUGCCGAAGACGCUCGAGUCACUGUUCUCCCAAUUCCAAAAGACCUGCCUCGAGAAGAACGCCAUCUCCUCGAAAGAGCAACUCAAGAACUUCUCCGUGAAGCAGCAGCAUUUAUCAAGGGCCGUAACGCGAAAAAGAGGGCGAACUUUGGCUACGAACUUGGCGCAAAUUUGAACGCUGAUGGAACGCAUCGGCAGGGCCAGACUUUCGUCGAGUCCAAUACGCAACUACAGAGUGUAACCAUGCCUGGCGCAAAUGCUUCAUCCUGGCGAUCGGCAGCUCCCCAAAUUAUCAACGGCUCGAUUUCAAACGGCCAAGCUAUUCCGCCGAUGAUGAAUCAAAUGAACAAACCAAGACAAGGUGCCCCUUCUCGUCGCGGCGGGUUUAUUUCCUCGAACUGGGCUCCCGUCUGA